GCCGAAUCCGCUGAUAUUGCUCACUUCCUGCGGGAACGCGCUCUGACUCGUCAAGCCGCUCUGCUGUAGAUCCUGCAGCUGUGUGAAGGUAGCGCGCGCCAAACUUAGCCUCUUCGCAGCGCUCGGUCGACUGUAGCUAGGAGAAGACAUGGCGCGCCUGGUAGCCGUUUGCAGAGACGGAGAAGAGGACUACCGUUUCCUUGCGAGACAGAUUCCUUUAUACAUUGAUGACUCUCUCACGAUGGUGAUGGAGUUUCCUCACACCGUAUUGCACUUUGACAGUCAUCAGAACAACAGUUCACAAGUUAAACUGUUUAUCGAGCGUCACAGCAUGCUGAAGCAGCAGGAUCUGAACAUGGCCCUAAUGGUAAUGUCACGUGAAGUGUUUAGUGCACUCUCUCAGCUGGUGCCAUGCGUGGGCUGCAGACGGAGCGUCGAGCGCCUCUUUGCUCAGCUCACAGACUCUGGCUACUUCGCACUGGAGCCGCUGACCGUAAGCUCAGCUGGCGUGCUGUCUAUCACCAGGGCUUGCCUGGCAGACCCCCGCAAACUCUACACACUCUUCUACAUUCAUGGGUCAAAGCUGAAUGAUGUGAUUGAUUCCAUUCCCAAAAGCAAGAAGAAUAAGCGCUGUCAGUUGCAUUCUUUAGACACACACAAGCCCAAACCCUUGGGAGGAAGCUGGAUGGACGUAUGGGAGCUGAUGUCUCAGGAGUGCCGGGACGAGGUGGUUCUGAUCGACAGUGCUUGUCUGCUGGAGACACUGGAGACAUACUUGCGUAAACACAGGUUCUGCACAGACUGUAAAAACAAGGUGCUAAGGGCCUACAACAUCCUUGUGGGUGAGUUGGACUGCAGUAAGGAGAAGGGCUACUCCGCUGCACUGUAUGAGGGGCUGCGCUGCUGCCCACACGAGCGCCACAUCCAUGUCUGCUGCGAGACAGAUUUCAUCGCUCACCUGCUAGGCCGGGCUGAGCCCGAGUUUGCAGGGGGGUAUGAACGCAGAGAGAGGCAUGCUAAGACCAUCGACAUAGCACAGGAGGAGGUCUUGACGUGUUUGGGGAUCCACCUGUAUGAGCGGUUACACCGGAUCUGGCAAAAGCUGCGGGCUGAAGAACAGACAUGGCAGAUACUCUUCUACCUCUGUAUCGACGCGCUACGCAAAAGUUUUGAGAUGGCAGUAGAAAAGGUGCAGGGAAUCAGCCGACUGGAACAGCUCUGCGAGGAGCUGUCAGAAGAGGAGAGAGCUAAAGAGCUCAAGCAAGAAAAGAAACGGCAAAAACGCAAGAACCGACGCAAAAACAAGUGUGGUUUUGAGAUGUCUGAGCAAGAGACUGAGGUUUACAAAGAAAAGAGCUUGGAAGAGGGUUUGGAGGAUUCAGUGAACAAUGGCUGUAAGUCAUGCGGCAACAGGGAGGAGCCUAGGGUAGGCGUGGAGUCUAUCGUUCCUAUCGAGAGCUCCUCCUGCAGCUGUCCUGCAACCACGCUUUUGGGCUCCCCCAAAAGCAAAAAUGGUCUGCUGUCUCAUAGUCACGGCAGCGACUGUGGCUAUUCUUCCAGUAUGGAAGGCAGUGAGACGAGUUCCAGGGAAGGUUCAGAUGUGGCGUGCACAGAGGGAAUGUGUAACCAUGAUGAAACAGCUGAAUACGCCUGCAUUCAUCACUGCUUAGAGGACAAAGAGGAGGAUGGUGUGGACAGCUGUGUGGAGUGUUGGGCAAACUGUGAAGAGCAGGCCAAAGGCAAGAACAAGAAGAAAAAAAAGAAGAGUAGGGGUUUGCUAACUGAGAACGAGCAUCACGGUUCCCAGGCACACACGUGUCUGUCAGACAGUAGCCGGAGAGAGGAUUUGAGUGGCUUGCCUAUUUUAGAAAACGCCAACGAAUCCUCCGCCACGUCCACACACAACUUUCAGAGCAAACAGACGACUUGCGCAAAGCUGUGCUGCGGUUCGUUCUUCAGUGCUGGCCUGCAGCUGCCUUGGGCCAAGCAGCAGCUAACAAGUCUGACUCCAGAUCCCUGCACACAGGGGCAAUGUACCACCAAAAGUCUCAUGGAGUUACUGGAUGAGACUGAAAUAUCAUCAGAUGAAGAGAACUGCCUGACACAGGAUGAGAUCCAGUCGUUUGUAGAGGAGAACAAGUCUUUCUACAGCAAGCGAGACCAGUACAGGCAGCACCUGAAGGAGCGCUUCACCAAUUACUGCCACUCCAGUGUGUGUAGAGGCGAGUGGCAGUCUACGACCAGUGUCAAAUAAAAAACACGAUUUUUACAGAUUGGGGGGUGAAAGAAGAGGAAGAAAGCGAAGUUUGGGGUCAAAAUCUGAAUUCUUGAGCCGGGUCUUGUUUGUUAAAUUUUAUUUGUUGGGAAUAGUUAAAUGGUCACAUCUCACAUUUCUCUCUUCAGUGUCUAGGUCUAUUUUCUAUCACUUUUUAAAUUCCUCCUUGGUCCUUCCUUUUUUUCUCCCUCCUUCCUCACUGACACUCAGGUGUAGUUUAUUUACUGUUUAUGAAUUUGCUGAUUCUAGGAGUGGGUUCUUAAGAUCACAGUCGAAGUGAUACCAGUAGUCUUCUAGUCUUAUCGUUGAUUUAACAUCUCUUUAUUUUCCCAGUUCAUCUCACUGACUGAGACACUUCAUUUUAGUGUUGUACCAAUAAAUGUGUACAGAAAUGAAAUUAUCUGAAUAUAAAGAUUUUACAGAGAGAGGAACAUCCAUUUAUGAGGAGGUUUGGGUGUAAUGUUAAGCGCAAUGUGCAAAAUUGACAUAAUAAAGAAUAUUUAUUAAUAUGCAUUAAGAAAAA